UCAAAUUACAAACAUCCUUGAUACUAUAAAAGGACGGCCUUCCAAGCUAACUCAACAUCAAAUUAACCACAAAAAUCCUGGAGAUCUAAUUCAAGUUCUAUUGUAACUUUUCUGAAUUAGCCAGUGAGAUUUUCCUUCAUGGCGACUGAUCACUUAUCUGAUGAGGUGCUGAGUACCUUUGUGCCCAUAGUGGUGUACUGGGUGUUUUCGGGCAUAUACGGACUUCUUAGUUACAAUGAGAGCUGGAGGCUUCACACAAAGAGCGAGGAAGAAGAGAAGAACAUAGCUUCCAAAGGACAAGUGCUGAGGGGUGUGCUUCUUCAGCAGCUGGUUCAAGUGGUGGUCGUCUUCUCCAUUCUGAAAUUGAUCGGCGACGACAGCGGAGUACCGCCCCCGCAGCCUUCGUUGCUGGUAAUGGCACGGCAGUUCUUGAUCGCGAUGAUCGUGCUCGACUCAUGGCAAUACCUGGGCCACCGCUACCUCCACAUCAACAAGUUCCUGUACAAACACAUCCACUCCUACCACCACGCCCUCAUCGCUCCCUAUGCCUACGGAGCCCUCUACAACAACCCCAUCGAGGGCCUCAUCCUCGACACCAUCGGAGGAUCCAUGGCCUUCCUCCUCUCUGGGAUGACCACUCGCACCAGCAUCUACUUCUUCACCUUCGCCACAAUCAAGACCGUCGACGUCCACUGUGCCCUGUGGAUGCCGUGGAAUCCCCUCCAGUUCUUGUUCAACAACAAUGUCGCCUACCAUGAUGUCCACCAUCAGCUUAAGGGGAACAAAUACAACUACGCGCAACCGUUCUUCAUCUCCUGGGACAAGAUCUUUGGUACUUACGUGCCGUACACUGUUGUCGAGCGCCAGGGCGGCGGGUUUGAGGUCCGGCCAGAGCUGCCAAAGAAAGAAUGAAUUUCAGUCAAUUGCCACAUUUUUUAUUAAAUCCGAUGUUCUUCUUCUUCUUAUUAUUAUUAUUUUCAAAUGAAAGAAGACACCAUGUUUGUGCGCCUUUUAUCCCUUUGUAGCUGAGAUUGGGAAAUUAAAGUGAACCAUUCUCUUAUGCACAUACGUGUGCGUGUACAUUUUUAUGGUAUGAAAAGUUUUAAUUCAUUUGUACUCGACUAAAUGUCUUCCUAUGAAGCUCUCUACGCUACUAAACAAGUUUAGACCA